CUCCCACAGUCGAAAUGUGCGCCAGCUGCCCGCUCACCUGUCCGCCGCCGCCGCGCACGCACCUUGCUAUGUGCUCGCGCGAGCUCCCGCCCGAGCCUCCAGCUCGGCGUCCCACUGCUGCGGAGCCGAUCGCUUUUCCUCGGCGCUCGCGUCGAGCCGAGCUCUCGGCACUCUACGGCGGGCGUCGCUGUGCGGGGCGCCCGUUUCCUGCUGGCCCGAGCGGAAAGCUCCACGUGCCCGCGCGAGCUCCGGGCCGAGCCUCCAGCUCGGCGUCCCACUGCUGAGGAGCCGAUCGUCGUCCGUCGGUGCUCUCGAGGAGCCGAGCUCCUUGGCCUGCGGCCGGCGACGCUGCAGGACGGUCGUCCUCCGAGAUAUCGGUGCCGGACCGGCGGGGCGGGGGCGGGGUGGCGUCGGAGCAAGUGUCUCGGUCUUCGGUCGACGGAGCGGCGACCCGCGAGUACGCUUCGUGGGCGCCCGACGAGGGUGGUGCUGCUGUCGCUCUGCCGCGUGCGCAGGCGUGCGCAGGCGUGCCGAGGUCUCGCGACGGCACUCAGCCCUUCGCUGGGCGUGUGGGACGCCGGGUACGACGAGCACGGCUUCUGGUCCGUCGAGGCUGCCCGCGCGGCGCGCGACGCGGCGGCGGCGCUUGCGCUGGACGCCGCCGACGGCGGCGCGGGGGCGGCGCGGGGGCGGCAGGCGCGGGGGCGGCAGGCGCGGGGGCGGCAGGCGCGGCGCGCCGAGGUCGCGAGCGCGGCACAGGCCGCGCCGCGGCGGAGCGAGGGAGCCGCGGCGCGGCGAUCGCCGGCGCCGGCGCGGCCGGCGCCGGCGCAAGGGGCGCCGGCGCGAGGGCGCAAGAGGCAGCCGGCCCAGCGGGUCGCGGCCCUCCCCCGCGGCGUCGUUGGAGGGCGAGCACCUCGAGUACCUACGGCGGCGGGGUGCGCCGUGGGGCGAGCCGCCCGUCGCGGGCGCCGCCGCGCCGCCGGAAGGGGCGAGGCGGCGAGCGAGGAUCGUCGACUUUUGGCCGGGGGGCGCUCUCGACACUUACCGGCUGAGGUCACGUCGUCGGGCGCGUCGACGGGCUGGUUGGCCAUGGUCCGCACGGCGGGGCGGCUGCGCCGCCAGGACUCGCGCGUCGCUGCACGCGGCCUGCAGAAGGAAUGACAGCUCGGCGGCAAGGCUUUUCUUGCGCCGGGACGGCUAGGCUUUUUGUGAGACGCCGCUCGCGGAAAUCGAGGAAGGCUU